GUCUCCGACACACUCAAACACACACCCUCCACCCCCAUCGCUGCAGUGUCUCAACUGCCUUGGAGCAAGCAAGAGAGGAUACAGAACACAGACGGUUAGAAGACAGAAGAAGAGGGCCGCUGAAAGAGACACACACAAACAGAGAGAGAAAGAGUGAGAGGCGUACUUUGUGUGUGCAGUGAAAAUGGGGACAGCAUGAAGAUGAAGCAGAGGCACUGAAGGUGGAUUGCUCUGAGCCUUCUCUUUCCCUGCAAGGGCUUGUCUGCAGUAUCCUUUUGUAAACGGAUGCUGGCUUGAGAUCACGGCUUCCCAUCCUCUGGGAGAAAUCUAACAGAAGAAGAGGAGGAAAAGUUUUUAUCAUCUGGAUCAAACAAAACUGGCUAAAUAUUGAACGGAGGUGCAUGGUUAGAACACAGCACAAGAGCCAUGUGGGAGGAGAGUGACUGGGAUUUCAUAUUCACAAGCAUCAAGUCCAAGUCUUUUCUCUGCUGACAUACAGUAACCUUUCUCCAGCCUUUCACCAGUGCUUUUCCUCUGGGGGAGCCCCUGCUAUGAACCCCAGCUCUGUUGGCUUCAGCAGGCAGUACAACCUCAGUGCCAGGGACUGUGUGGGCAUCCCACAAGUCUGGGUUCUGCCUACACAGAACUCACAGACUGCCCCUGAAGAAAAAGAAUGAAAUACUCCUGAGUCACUCCUGUGUGUGGUCCUUUUUGCUGUCUCGUGUUAUCACUGAUUUCUUGUCUGGAUCCUUCCCUGAAUCCUUGCGCUCUACAGAAAUAGUCUGCAGCUCCUCCACCACCACCACCUCCUAUUGAUCCACUUCUUCAUCAUAAUUUGCUUUCCCAUCCAGAGGCAGCACGAGUUCCUUUGUGCUAACGACGUGGUGGAGGACCAUGGGAUGCCGUCAGAGCUCGGAGGAGAAGGAAGCGGCUCGGCGCUCGAGGCGGAUCGACCGCCACCUGCGCUCAGAGAGUCAGCGGCAACGGCGUGAGAUCAAGCUUCUCCUGCUGGGCACCAGCAACUCCGGAAAGAGCACCAUUGUUAAGCAGAUGAAAAUCAUUCACAGUGGUGGCUUUAACCUGGAAGCCUGCAAGGAGUACAAGCCUCUCAUCCUCUAUAACGCCAUCGACUCUCUCACCCGCAUAAUCCGAGCCCUCACCACCCUUAAGAUUGACUUUCACAAUCCUGAUCGCGCCUAUGACGCCGUUCAACUCUUUGCCCUCACAGGGCCGGCUGAGAGCAAAGGGGAGAUUACUCCAGAGCUGCUGGGGGUGAUGAAACGUCUGUGGGCAGACGCAGGGGUCCAGGAGUGCUUUCAGCGCUCCAACGAGUACCACUUAGAGGACAACACCGCCUACUACCUAAACGACCUGGACCGCAUCUCUGCACCUGAGUACAUCCCCACUGUAGAGGACAUCUUGCGCUCCCGUGACAUGACCACAGGCAUUGUAGAGAACAAGUUCACCUUCAAGGAGCUCACUUUUAAGAUGGUGGAUGUGGGUGGACAGCGUUCGGAGAGAAAGAAGUGGAUUCACUGUUUUGAGGGCGUGACUGCAAUCAUAUUCUGUGUUGAGCUGAGUGGCUAUGAUCUAAAACUCUACGAGGACAACCAGACGAGCCGCAUGGCUGAGAGCUUGCGUCUGUUCGACUCCAUCUGCAACAACAACUGGUUCACCAACACAUCGCUCAUUCUCUUCCUCAACAAGAAGGACUUGCUGGCUGAGAAGAUUAAACGCAUUCCCUUGACAGUGUGCUUCCCAGACUACAAAGGCCAGAACACCUACGAAGAGGCUGCCGUCUACGUGCAGCGGCAGUUCGAGGACCUCAACCGCAACAAGGAGACCAAGGAGAUCUAUUCGCACUUCACCUGUGCCACCGACACCAGUAACAUCCAGUUUGUGUUCGAUGCUGUCACGGACGUGAUCAUCCAGAACAAUCUUAAGUAUAUUGGGCUAUGCUAGGACCUGACACUGGAUGGGAGGUGGGUUCAGGUGGGUUUUUGCAGCGGGGGAAAUGCAGGCAGCUCAGAGGCAGUUGGCCCCCACCAGUGGGCAAUGUGUUAGUCUGUCUGCUUUCGAGGAUUUGCAGGAAAGAACUGGAGAUAAAAAUCUGUGUUACGUCGGUCGGGUUGGACAAUGCUGUUGAGUCAACAGAGCUGCCGGGCCGUGGUUGAGGUGGGAAUUUUUACCCUAUGUGUUUGCACUGAAUUUAAGUAUGCAGAGACACCACACAUAAACACAUACAUACAUCUUUAUGGUUUGUUCACACACAAGGUAUUUGGGUCAACUCUCCUUUGACAGAGCGACACUGGAAAUUUCAAGACUACUCUUGUCAAACCUAAGAGUGAGAUCCAAGUGUGUACUGGCAGUUUUUCCCCCUUUCUAUUAUUUGCCUGAGUCAAUUAAUGCUGCGUUAUGAUAUAUAAUCUUGACAAAUCAAUGCUGUUUUUUUGAGGGGGAGAGAGGAGAGUCUUCACAUAUAGGAUACAGCGAGUGUACCUGAUGAGCUGUUCCUCUUCGAUCUCUGUUUCUGAAGGGGAGAAAAGGUCAGUUCAUAUGAUGUCACGGGGUUGCUGUCAAAAAGGAAACUGCCACGACCUAAAAGAAAAAAAAAAAAAAUAGGUGAAACUUGUUUUCAGCACACAGCAGUGCCUUGCAAAAGUUCAGCUGCCUCUUGAACUUUUCAACUUUUUUGUCACAUUGUAACCACAAAUUCAAAUGUAUGUUAUUAUGUUUUUGAUUGAUGGAUCAGCACAAAGCAGUGCAUAAUUGAGACUUGAAAGAAAAAUUAUGCUUGGCUUUCAACUUGAUGUGUUCGACCCCAUUAUCUGGGAUACCUCCAAGUUAAAUAAAGUAAGAUAAGAAGUCAUUCAAGUAAUGAAUGCAAUACACAGUUGUUUAAUCUAAUCCCAUUGGUCAGACAUUUCUUAUUCUACUAAUCAGUUCAGCUAAUAAUGAUCAGACAGCCACUGACAUUUCAUUCUCACAUAAUCAGCUGGUCCUAAAAUAUUAAACAUUUUAUACGUAAGUUAAAAUAGAACACGCCAGCAGAACACUGUGAAUUACACGUCAUUGAUCCCAGUAUAGAUGCACUAUUCACAACUCAACUGCACCAAAAGCAACACAUACUUUAGAUGUGACAUGAUUUGAUGUUCCACUGUAACCCCCAUAAUUUUGAAGACAUAGCAAGCAUAGAAAAAUAGGAAACAGUGUGACCUAGCUUUAAAGAACAUUGGUGAACAAACGACACCACAAAGACCAAAGAACAAAUUAGACAGAUUAGGCACAAAGUUAAAAGAACAAUAUCUCAGGUUUUUAACAUCUUAUGGAGUUCAGUCUGUCUUCUUAGCAUACAAAGAGUUUGGCAAACCUAACAAAAGACUUUCCCCAUGAUUGGCACAUGGUGGUCUCAAAAAAUGCUAUUCAGACCUGAUGGAGAAAAUUAAUAAAACUGAAUACUGAAAGAACAUUUGUCAGAGGAUUCAAUAAAUCUGGUAACAACAUCUAGAAAUAGAGCUCCAAUACAACAGCUUACAUCAAAGCAUAAUUGUCUUUCAUAAAUUCCCAAAGUCCAGACCAAAAUCCAAUUAAGACUCUCUACCACAGCUUGACAAUUGAGAGACACUUUUCAUCCUGUCGAAUGAAGCUUAAGUUAUUUUGCAAAGAAUUGGAAAAAAAAAAGAUUAUGGGAAGAUCAGAAAGUGACUUUAGAUUCAAAAUACAACAGCUGAAACUGGUUCUAAAAGUAAUGGCCUAAGAAGUUAAAUUACUUUUGCAAUUGUUUGCACCCAAUUUUACUUAGUCGUGUCAGAGUAAAUGGGGUGAAUAUAAAUUCAAAUCACACUUUUCAGAAGUCGGUUUGUAAAAUUUGAGAACCACCAACAUUAUUAGGCACUACUUUGUCUUGUUUUGUCAAACAAAAUCCUAAUAAAACAAACAACUGUGGCUGUAAGUGAAAAAAAAGUGAAACGCAGGAGGUAAAAAGACAUUUUGCAAGGCACCUUAUUUCUGUUCUUUCCUCUGAUUGACCCUCUUAUGUCCUUCUUUUUCCUCCCUCAUCUUUCUCCAAUAUUUAUGUGCUUUAAAAAUUAAAAAAAGUCUUUCAUACUUGCUUUUUAUAGCAGGUGACUGACUUAAAAUACCUGAGGUAUGUUACACUCAGAAAAGUAAAAAUCGUGUUUAUAACCAUUCCAAGAGUCCAGCAAGAGACAACAAAAACCGUGCCAAGAUCAGUUUGUAAAUAAAACCAGAUCCCAUACUUUUCUUUUUUUUUAUUUCAUUUUGUUUUUAUGGGAAAUACAUUAAAACAUGCAUGAUUUUGUUACUUUGGGAUACUAAUAUAUAUUUUCUUUGGGAUUAUGUUUCUUUUUUUCCUCGGGUUUAAAUAAUAUAUUCCCAAAAAAUAUAUAUAAAAGUCAAACACUGUGUACGAUUGUACAGUUCUCAGAGAGGAAUCUAUUGAAAAAGAGAUAUAUGAAUAUAAAAAUGCUAAGAAAAAUGUUUUGUUGGUGACCAAGAAGAUUACAAUGAUGUAAUGACAAGAAAACACUCUCUUUAAGGUCAUUAUGUGAGGAGAAAGUGGAUCAAAGAAGAACAAGAAUUUAAAACAUCAUAAAAGAAAUCUUGAAAGUUCAACCUUCCUUACGUUAUCUAAGUGGAAAUUGUCAGUGGCUAUGAUGUAAAUAUACUGUAAGGUACACUCUUUGUUCAAACAAGUGAAAAUAAAGGUUGAGUUGGGAUACUGUCAGUGACAUAAAGAGAGAGCGAGAGACAGAAGAGGAAGAUCCCUCUCCACUCUUCCCUCUGUCUUUUCAGCUCAGAGAACAACUCAGCCAAGGGCUUCGAGCUUGGCUUUACAGGAUGUCCACUUCAAUAAAAAUCUAAAAAAAAAAAAAAAUUAACAAAAAAAAACAAACAAAAACAAUGAGAUACAAAAUAUAAAAGGACAAUAACUAUGAAUAAAACAACUUAUGCAAAUUUC